CAAACCUUGGCCCUCCGGCGUCCUGGCUGCUGCGCGGCUCCUCCCUCGGCUCGCACCCCCUUGGCUCCCCGGACUAGAGAAUGGCUGCGCUUAAUCAGAUGUCUGUCUUGGAUAUGAUUAAAGAGUUUAGGAGGAAUUGGCGUGCUCUUUGUAACUCUGAGAGAACGACUUUAUGUGGUCCAGACUCCAUGCUCUUGGCAUUACAGCUUUCCAUGGCAGAAAACAACAAGCAGCACAAUGGAGAAUUUACAGUCUCUCUCAGCGAUGUCUUACUGACAUGGAAAUACUUCUUACAUGAAAAACUGAACUUGCCCACUGAAAGUAUAAAAGUGGUUGACCACUAUGAAGACAUUAAGAAAACAUAUGAUGAUUUCUUGAAGAAUAGUAAUAUGCUAGAUCUGAUUGAUGUUUAUCAGAAAUGUAGCAACUUGACUUCUAGUUGUGAGAAUACCAUGAUAUCUUCAAGUCAACUGCGGGAUUUUCUGUCUGGCACACGGUGUGCAGUCAAUGAUGAAACUAAUUCUCACGUACCAGCAUCCCCAGUGAAAUGUAGCCAGGAUGGUGAACAGGUACGGCUAUUGGCAAGGAAAAUCUUCUUUUCCUAUUUGGGUCUGCUAGUGAAUUCCAAGAAUGACCUGGCUCUGGCUCAUGUUCUCAACGUCCCUGAUCGAGGACUGGGGAGAGAGGCCUUCACCACCUUGAAGCAUGCUGCUCGAGAGAAACAACUGUCUAUGUUUUUGAUGGCCACAUCAUUUAUUAGAACAUUAGAGCUUGGAGGGAAAGGAUAUGCACCAUCACCAUCAGAUCCUUUGCGGGCACAUGUAAAAGGGCUGUCUGAUUUUAUCAAUUUCAUUGACAAGUUAGAUGAAAUUCUUGGAGAGAUACCCAAUCCAAGCCUGGCAGGGGGUCGGAUAUUAUCGGUGAUAAAGAUGCAUCUGAUCAAAGGCCACAGCAGUGGAGAUCCUUUCUAUAAAGCAGUAGAGGAAGUUGUUCGGGAUUUGGAUUUGAGGAUUAAAAAUAUUAUCAAUUCUCAAGAAGGUGUAGCUGUCAGCACCACCAACAUCAGUCCUGUACCGCCAAAAUCUUUUGCCAUAAACCAUGAUACUGCAUACUGUGGCAGAGAUGCUGUGAAAAUUUUACUGGUUCUUUUGGAUGAAGAUGCAGCCAGUGCUCCCACCAGAAACAGAGCAGAGCUUUUAUAUAAUGACGAGAGUACAGUUCCACACAAUGGAACUUCUCUUCUUACACUCUUUAGGUCUCCCACACAAGCGAAUAAUACAUCAAUUAAACCCCUCAGAGAGCGAAUCCAUAAGUCAGUGCAAGCAGAAAAAAUUAAGAUGAGGCAGACCUUAAUUAGAUCACAGUUCGCUUGUACUUACAAAGAUGACUACAUGACAAGCAGGAAUCGGUGGAAUGUUAAUUCACCCUCAAAGCCGUUGUGUGCUCUUCACUUGGAAAACGAUAUUGCUGAAGGUGCACACUCCUCUGUUGGAAGAGCAAGAAUUGAAACAAGUUCUGAAAAUGUGCAUCUGGACAGAAGUAAAGAUGACAAAAUCCCCAGAAAAUCUGCAGAAAAUAGAGUAUCGAAAAGGAAGCAGGUGGACGUAGACAGUGACAGUAUUCACCGGGAUAAUGGACGUGAACCAUCCCGACACCGAAAUGUGAAGUUGCCUAAAGUACCCGAUGACUCACACAAGAAGGCUGGUGGCAAACUGGCCGGAGGAGCAAAGGGCAGUAGGUGUGCUGCCGGGGGCAAGCUGAUUCCUGGCCAGACCAAGCUAACUCAGUUUUUUAGGCUGUGAUUUU